UGUAUGUUUAAGACAUGUAAGAGUGAAGACCUGCUGGUCGCGUAAAUGUCUGCUUUGAUUUUAAACGGCUAUAAUGCACAUCUGAACACAUGCAUGAUGUGUGGCAUGAUUCAGGAAGUGGUGGCGCAACAACAAAGACAGACAAAGCAGAAGUGUCUGGCACAGUCAGACAGACACACUGAACGUUCCACUGAGAGACUGGCAUCCGUGAGCAACGGCGGCGACAACAUGACAACCAACUGUUCAUUUGAUGGGGUGGACAACCUGAUGAGAUAUUUUGAGCUGGCCAUCUACAUCCCCAUAUUCCCCUUUGGUCUGGUCCUCAAUGUUGUAGCGCUGUUUGUGUUCUGCAUCUUUCUGCGUAAAUGGACGGAGUCAACAAUCUAUAUGACCAGCUUGGCUCUUAUGGACCUGCUCCUCCUCUUCCCUCUUCCCUUCAAAAUGCACGCCACCAAUCACUUCUGGCCCGCCUACCUCCAACCCCUCUGUUCAGUCUUGGAAAGCCUGUAUUUUUUUGGGAUAUAUGGCAGCAUCUACACCAUCAUGUGCAUAGCUGUGGACCGAUGGGUGGCCAUCUGUCACCCCUUCAAAGCCAAGGUACUGCGUUCACCCAAAGUGGCUCUGUGGACCUGCUUUGGGGUCUGGGUGCUGGUGCUGGCAGUGAUCACUCAAACCAUCUAUCGCUUCAGGGAGGCCGAGCAGACGGAAUUCCACUGCUUCCACAAAUUUUCAAAGAAUGGCUGGAAGCCUGAAGUGAUCAUCUGUCUGCAGGUGUUUGGGUUCCUGGUGCCUGCACUGGUGGUGGUAUAUUGUUCUGUCCAGACCAUCUGGGCGCUUCAGCAGUCUGGCCAGCACAGCCCCCAGAGCCGUGCCUGUGUGAAGAUCAUCUACAGCAGCCUGAGUGCUUUCCUUGUGCCUUUCACCCCCAGCCACCUGGGCAUCCUCCUGCAGUUCCUGGUGCACCAAGAAGUGAUUCAGGACUGCAGCAACCAGACAGGGAUCAGCCUGUUCAUACAGAUAGCCAUGUGCCUGUCCAACAUCACCUGCUGUCUGGACGCCCUGUGCUACUACUUCAUCGCUCAUGAGGUGAGGAGCACCAGAAACACAUUCAGGCUGUCCAUAAUUAGCCAAAGAAGACCCACCUUCAGCACUUCAGAGGUCUGAACACAGCACAAAUACAAUUCAAGUUAAUAUAUAAUUUCAGAGGGCUAGUGAAAACAAGAGCUGGCUUCUUGAGCUUAAGCAGGGCAGUGAAACUGAGAAGUUGCCAGUAUAGUUUCCAGUAGCUAGCCAAUGUGGCAUGCACUAAGAGUAGGAGGGGGAACUCAAACAGGUUAGAGUGCAAUCUCAGUUAACCACAGUGCUGAGAGUAAAGCUAAAAUGUAGUUUAGGAAGAAGAUCUGACGAGCAAUGAUGCGUGAUUUGGUCUGGUGACAGGAAGCCGGUUGGCACCUCUGUAGCCUCAAGAGCAAAAAAGAAGGUUGCAACAAGGAAAACUACUGACAAGCCACAAUGUGACAUAUUUCUGAAAUGAUUUAAGGAAGACCUUGUGAAAUGUUUCGAAGCACUCUUGGGUCAUCCAGUCCUACACACUGACAACGAGUGAAAAACUGAUGUGCGGUACAAUUAAUUUUAAAAUGGUAAAACUGUAAACCAGGCACCAGUGGUUCAUUGCAGAGCUUUGUAGUUUACUUUGUAAAAGUCAAGUGAAAGAUACGUAAAAGGCGCUCUUACUUUUCUGAUAUGCUCCUCAAUAAAGACAAGA